ACUCCUCUCUUCCUUUCAUCCUCUAACUUCUCCCAUUUGCUGCGAAGGGGAUAGAGCGUUUCAGGUCUAGGGACAGUGCUUGAAGAGUUUUGGAAUUUUUGUUCGAGGAAGACUUACAGUUAAGGCGACUUUCGUACAAUUUGGCAAUAGGAAAGAGACAGGGAACGGAAGAUGGAAACAAUAGACAGCGAUAUUGCUAGGGCCCAAGAGGAGAGGAGAAAGAAGGAGCAGGAGCUUGCUUCUCUCACUGCAGUUACCUUCGAUGCCGAUCUUUAUGGGGGUGGCAACCGCUUUGAGGGCUAUGAGCAGUCGAUCCCUGUCAACGAAGACGAGGAAGAUCAAGAUGCUGGGGAGCGAGAGGUUGCCAGGAAACUGGCAUCUUAUACUGCACCUAAAUCGGUAUUGAAGGAACUACCGAGAGGAAUGGGUGGGGAUGAUAUUGAUGAUUUUGGUUUUAAGAAACCACAGAAAAUCAUCGAUAGGGAGGAUGAUUAUAGGAAGCGGAGGCUCAACCGGAUAAUCUCACCAGACAGGAAUGAUGCUUUUGCAAUGGGGGACAAGACACCUGAUCCUUCUGUGAGGACUUACAGGGAUAUCAUGAAGGAGGAGGCCUUGAAGAGAGAGAAAGAAGAGACAUUGAGAGAGAUUGCAAAGAGGAAGAAAGAGGAAGAGGAGAAGAAGGCUUCAGAGGGGCAGAGGGAUGCUGCGUCCGCGCCCGUUCAGGCUGCUCAGAAAAGGAGGAACAGGUGGGACCAAUCUCAAGAACAGGAUAGUAGUGGCAAGAAGGCCAAAACCACGUCUUCAGCAUCAGAUUGGGACAUGCCAGAUUCCACUCCAGGGAUUGGCAGAUGGGAUGCGACUCCGACUCCAGGAAGGGUGGGCGACGCAACGCCAUCAGUUUCUCGUCGGAACCGUUGGGAUGAGACUCCAACACCUGGUCGUCUGGCUGAUGCUGAUGCAACCCCGGCUGCUGGAGGAGCGACUCCUGGGGCGACACCAGCUGGUAUGACAUGGGAUGCAACACCUAAGCUGGCAGGACUCUCUACACCAACACCCAAACGCCAGCGAUCAAGAUGGGAUGAAACCCCAGCAAGCAUGGGGAGUGCAACGCCAAUGCCUGGAGCCACCCCUGCUGCAGCGUUCACCCCUGGUGUAACCCCAGUUGGGGGAAUUGACCUUGCGACCCCAACCCCUGGAGCUAUCAACCUUCGUGGUGCCAUUACACCCGAGCAAUAUAACCUGCUGAGAUGGGAAAAGGAUAUUGAGGAGCGGAACCGGCCAUUGACUGAUGAAGAGCUGGAUGCUAUGUUCCCGCAAGAAGGAUAUAAGAUUCUGGAUCCUCCGGCAUCUUAUGUUCCGAUCAGAACUCCUGCUAGGAAACUUCUAGCCACCCCGACUCCCUUGGGAACUCCCCUGUAUGCGAUUCCUGAAGAAAAUCGUGGGCAGCAAUUUGAUGUUCCGAAAGAAGCACCUGGUGGGUUGCCAUUUAUGAAGCCAGAAGAUUACCAAUACUUUGGUGCAUUGCUGAAUGAAGAUGAUGAGGAAGAGCUGUCACCAGAAGAACAGAAAGAGCGGAAGAUCAUGAAGCUGCUGCUCAAGGUCAAGAAUGGGACUCCGCCGCAGAGGAAAACGGCAUUGCGGCAGCUUACCGAUAAAGCUCGAGAAUUUGGAGCUGGCCCCCUGUUCAACCGAAUUCUGCCAUUGCUGAUGCAACCGACAUUGGAAGAUCAAGAACGGCAUCUUCUGGUUAAGGUCAUUGACAGGGUUUUGUACAAGCUGGAUGAGCUGGUUCGGCCCUUUGUACACAAGAUUUUGGUGGUGAUUGAGCCACUCUUGAUCGAUGAGGACUACUAUGCACGUGUGGAAGGAAGAGAGAUCAUUUCCAAUCUCAGCAAAGCAGCUGGCUUGGCCACGAUGAUUGCUGCAAUGCGACCAGAUAUCGACAAUAUCGAUGAAUACGUCAGGAACACAACAGCAAGGGCCUUCAGUGUGGUUGCCUCAGCGUUGGGUAUUCCUGCUCUGUUGCCCUUCCUGAAAGCUGUGUGCCAGAGUAAGAAAUCCUGGCAAGCCCGGCACACGGGAAUUAAGAUCGUACAGCAGAUUGCCAUUCUAAUGGGUUGUGCUGUUCUUCCACAUCUGAGGUCCCUCGUUGAAAUCAUCGAACAUGGUCUUAACGAUGAAAACCAGAAAGUGAGAACUAUUACUGCAUUGUCUCUUGCUGCCCUUGCUGAGGCUGCUGCUCCAUAUGGUAUAGAGAGCUUUGAUUCGGUCUUGAAGCCUCUGUGGAAGGGUAUUCGUUCACACCGAGGCAAAGUCUUGGCAGCUUUCUUGAAAUCAAUUGGUUUCAUUAUUCCUCUCAUGGACGCUAUGUAUGCAAGUUACUACACAAAGGAAGUGAUGUUUAUACUGAUCCGAGAGUUCCAAUCGCCUGAUGAAGAAAUGAAGAAGAUUGUUCUGAAAGUGGUCAAGCAGUGUGUGAGUACAGAAGGGGUGGAAGCCGAUUACAUCCGUAGCGAUAUUCUUCCGGAGUUCUUCCGCAAUUUCUGGGUUAGACGCAUGGCGCUUGACCGCAGAAACUAUAGGCAGCUUGUGGAGACAACCGUCGAAAUAGCUAACAAGGUUGGUGUUGCAGAUAUAGUAGGAAGGAUUGUCGAGGAUCUCAAAGACGAGAGCGAGCCGUACCGACGGAUGGUGAUGGAGACGAUCGAGAAGGUGGUUGCAAAUUUGGGAGCAUCUGAUAUCGAUGCCCGGUUGGAGGAGCUCCUGAUCGAUGGUAUUCUGUAUGCUUUCCAAGAACAGACCAGCGAUGAUGCUAAUGUGAUGCUCAAUGGUUUUGGUGCUGUGGUGAAUGCCCUUGGACAGAGGGUGAAACCGUACCUUCCCCAGAUUUGUGGUACCAUAAAGUGGCGAUUGAACAACAAGAGUGCAAAGGUGAGGCAGCAAGCGGCGGACCUCAUAUCGAGGAUCGCCGUCAUUAUGAAGCAGUGCCAAGAAGAGCAGCUGAUGGGCCACUUGGGUGUUGUCUUGUAUGAGUAUUUGGGAGAAGAGUACCCUGAAGUUUUGGGAUCUAUAUUGGGAGCGUUGAAGGCCAUCGUCAAUGUCAUCGGUAUGACAAAAAUGACGCCUCCAAUAAAGGAUCUGCUCCCGCGCCUGACUCCCAUUCUCAAGAACAGGCAUGAGAAAGUGCAGGAGAAUUGCAUCGACCUUGUUGGGAGGAUUGCUGAUCGUGGGGCAGAGUUUGUCCCUGCAAGGGAGUGGAUGAGGAUCUGUUUCGAGCUACUUGAGAUGUUGAAGGCCCACAAGAAGGGGAUCCGACGUGCCACUGUGAACACAUUCGGGUACAUUGCAAAAGCAAUUGGGCCUCAGGAUGUCUUGGCAACGCUGUUGAACAACCUCAAGGUGCAAGAGCGUCAGAAUCGCGUGUGCACGACUGUGGCCAUCGCAAUUGUUGCAGAAACCUGCUCUCCUUUCACGGUCCUACCGGCUCUGAUGAACGAGUACCGGGUACCGGAGCUGAAUGUGCAAAAUGGGGUCCUGAAGUCUCUCUCCUUCCUCUUCGAGUACAUAGGUGAGAUGGGGAAGGACUACAUCUAUGCUGUGACGCCAUUGCUCGAGGAUGCACUUAUGGACAGGGAUCUGGUGCACAGGCAGACAGCCGCCUCUGCUGUCAAGCACAUGGCAUUGGGCGUAGCUGGGCUGGGCUGCGAGGAUGCCCUGGUGCAUCUGCUGAACUACGUGUGGCCCAACAUAUUCGAGACGUCUCCCCAUGUCAUAAAUGCGGUGAUGGAAGCGAUUGAAGGGAUGAGAGUGGCAUUGGGCGCUGCCGCAGUCCUGAACUACUGCCUUCAAGGCCUGUUCCAUCCAGCACGGAAAGUAAGGGAGGUGUAUUGGAAAAUUUACAACUCCCUAUACAUUGGGUCACAAGAUGCACUCGUAGCUGCUUAUCCUGUGUUGGAUGAUGAGGAGAACAAUAUCUACAGCAGGCCAGAGCUGACGAUGAUAGUCUGAGGCCAGUGGUGGGCAACAGGAAUCUGAUCAAGGCUAUUGUUGGAUGAUGUAGAGGCUCUUGCAGUGUCUUCAUGGAGUAGGUAAUCUUCGUUGAACCAGAGAUGUAUGUUCUGUGCUGGUGCAUCUUUGCACUCUCCUUAAUAUGUCAAAAUGCAGAUUGGGACCGUCUUUAGAACACUGCUCCCUCUUUAGGCAUAUGCUUUCUGUAAAAUGUCUUAAAUAGUUUUACACACAUAGUUUUUUUUUCUUUUU